CCUAGAUCAUGAUAAAUACCCCUUCUUCUUUUUAGGCAUUAAAAUAUAGAUUCAUUGAUAUAUUAAUAGAAAAUUCAACCAUGAUGGGGUUCAUCAAUUCUCCCUACGAGAUAAGUAUGAUAAAAUUAUCAAAAAAAAUGUCUGCAAACCAAAAGCUAACAUGUCAAAGAAACUUUAGACUCUAGUCAUCAAACAAGCCCAGCCCCAUUUCCUCUUCACUCUCUUCCUCAACGACGACCUUCUUCUCUUCAACGGCCGGAGCAGCAGCGGCACCACCAGCAGUCGGCGCAGCAACGGCAACCGCACCACCACCGCUGCUGCCACCUACAUUCAUGAUGAGGUCAUCGAUGUUCUUCUUCUCACAAAGCUUGGUGAAGAGGCUAAACCAGUAGGACUCCACCUGAACGUCGGCCGCCUUCACGAUCGUAGCAAUCUUCUCUGCAGUGACAGGGAUGCCUUCCUCGUGGAGGAUCAGAGUGGCGUAGGUGGAAGCGAUUCUCCGACCGACAUAUUUCCGCAAUGACUGAAAGGAGACGAUGGCGAAGUCUAUAGGCACUCGAUUCAGAAUGACGGCAAGGCUUUUUAAUCCCAAAUCUCUAAUUAAAUCUACUCACAAUUCAUAAUUGAAAGAUCAAUAGAAUUGAGAAGAAAAGAAUUAAUUGUCAUUAACAAAAAAAGAUAGAACUUACAAACAAUCUAAGAAUAUUGAAGAUUCAAAGCUCAAAAACCAUAAGAAAUUCGUCUCCGAGCUUCUCUCUAAACUCCCCCUCUCAAAUAAGGGUUUAAAGCUUGUUUAAAUAGGAAAAAUACACUUUUGGGGCAUUUUUAGUCACACACGGUCAUUCACACGGCCGUGUGCGCGGCCAAGUUUACCGUUCUCGGGUGAAUAGUAACUUCGAAAAUGCACACGGCUCUGCAUAUGGUGUGUGAACAGCUGUGUGCACCAGACACAAUGUUCAGAAUGCACACGGCUCUACACACGGUGUGUGGACGGCCAGGUGUACGUAACAGAAUCCUCCAAGGUGCACACGGCUCUGCACCCGGUGUGUGGACGGCCGUGUGGGUGGCCAAAGACAACUUCUUCACUUUUCUUCCUAACAAAUGCUCUUUAAGUCUUCGUGUGAUCCCGUGGGUGAUCCUAGAGCUCUUUAGUCUUAAGAAUGUCGUCUUUAAUGCCUGGUUGACCUCCAAUGCUCCUAAUGAACUCUCAAUUGCCUCUCGACUCAUUCCGAUAACUUCUCAAACGUCGGUGUCGGGCUUAAUUCCCUGAUUUUCACUUCUAAAAACAACAAACGCAUACCAAACCCGGUAAACCGUGACUUAAGCUAAUUAAACACUUUGUGACUCAAAUAUAUAGAUUAGGAAAAGUGGCAAAACUCAAUCCCAAUACGCAUCAAAUGCAUGUUGAAAUAUGAUACACCCUAAUAAGAUUCAGGAUCCACAGAAGAACAAGGUUUCUGAGACUCAGGCUCCGGUGGAGGCUUUUGGGGCUACAACAACGGCAGUUGAAAAAUGGGUUCCUAAAACAAAUAUUAAUGACAAACAGAAUCGUUGUUCUUUUGGGAAUCAAGGGGAAAAGGAUUCGCUUAUUACAAAAAAAAAGGAAAAAAAAAAGGUGAAUGAUUAUUGCAUUGCUUCCACUUAUAAAGGUCCAUUUGGUGUGAUUGAGGAGGUUUUCACUGAGCAGCCCCCAAAGCCUAGUGGUUCUUUACCAAUUAAUGAGAGAGUGAUGGAUUAUUAUAAUCUUCUGAAACUAAUUCAGAGGAAUUCAUAUGAUCCAGCACUCUACAAAAGGCUAUUCAUCAGAUGGAACUUCUGUUUUUUCGUUUUUUACUAAUUAUCAUUUCAUUAAUGACAAUUUUGUCUAAUAUAAUCAGAACAUUUUUUAAAACAUGAGAGUUCUAUAUAUAAACUUUGAUAUUGUACUUUCAAAAAAAAAACUUUGAUAUUGUUUUAGUCAUAUUUAGGGAAUUCUUCUUAUUAACAUACACUCCCUUCGUCCAAAAAAAAGCUUCUCAUUUCUUUUUUUGAAAAAUUUUGUGCAACUAACAUUCAUUUUCAUUUUUCGUACUCAUUCAUUAUCAUAUAUUUUCAUUUUAUUCUUACUUUCUUAAAACUCCGAUACAAUCAAACCUGGAAGAGUUUUAUGGGACGGAUCAAGUAUAUUAUUAUGUGAUGCCCCAUCCUAUUUUGGAGGUAUAUUGAUAAUGUACAUGUCAAAUUUCCGCGUCACCAAACACCAUCUAUAGGGUUGAAUUUAAAUGCCAAUGGUCCAAUACUAGCCUACUACAAAAAAGAGAUAAAAAGGGGCUAAAAGUGCUUUCUGAGUGUGCUCCUUUGCUAAAAUGGAGACAAAUAUGCUCUUCAAUCAAUCUUGCCCCAUAAAUAAUUCUCCCAUUUAUAAUACAUAAUUAGGAAUUCACUCAUUGUAUCAAUAUACAACAAAAGUGUUUGCAAGAAUUCCACAAUCACUCGCAUCUUCUUUUCUAAUCUUUAGAGUCCUUUUCUUGUGGCUCAUUUCAUCACCUAUAUAAAGAUUUAAAAGGGAAAAAGCAGGACAAGAGGUCCAAAAAGAUAAAUAAUCAUUAUGUAUGUGGGUCAUUGAAAGUCGCAGAUGAUACGUGUAGUCUUAAAACAUUUACUCCGUCCGUCCCAAUUUGAUGGUCCCGUAUUUUCUUUCUGGAUCGUCCCAAAUUGAUAGUCUCAUUUCCCUUUUUGGAAAGAAAUAUGUGGUCCACAUCAUUUCACAAUUUUCUAUUCAAAUCUCAACCACAACUUUUACCUUUUCAACCACUUCCUUAAUCUUUGAGGCCAAAAGAAAUGUGACUAUCAUUUUGGGACGGAGGGAGUAUAUUCAUUAACUUUCACAAAUUAAAGUUGCUAUUGGCUAGAAAAAUAAAUGCCCAAACAGUUUUUUAGUUGGAGUGAAUUUUUAUGGUCUAAUUUGAUAAACGUUACAUGAAAGUAUAUAGGGGUUAGGUCAAAAAUAAUACUAAUUAAAAGGAUUUGGACAAAUAUAGUUUCACUUUUAAUAAUUACCAACAAUGUAACUAUGCGUGUGUGGCGUUUAGAAACUUAGGAUUAUAUGCCAAAUUUGCCCCCACCAGGCCUGCCUAGUCAUUAGGCGGUAAAUUAAUACGGUCAUUUGCUUGUGUUUGCUAAGCAACGAAUAAAAGUACUCUGUAAUUUAUUUGAUUUUUAUAUUAUAAUAUUUUUAUAUUUUAUUAUUCUUCAAUUGUAAUUAGAAGGUGAUCAUUUACAAUAACUUGAUCCGAUAAAUUAUAAUUACACGUCCAAUCAAUUACAUUUUUAUCCGCUCAAUUACAGUUAUCUGUUUAACCAGUUACAAUUAUCCGAUCCAACCAGUUACAAUUACCCGAUUCAAUUAGUUACAGUUACCCAAUUAAUCAGCUACAAUUAACAGACAAAUUAGUUACAAUUAUCCGACCCACCAGUUACAAUUACUCGACCGAUCAGUUAUAGUUACUCAACCCGCCAGUUACAAUUACCCGACAGAUCAAUUACAGUUACUCGACCCAUCAGUUACAAUUACCCGACUGAUCAGUUACAGUUACUCGAUCCGACCAGUUACAAUUACCCGAUUCGAUCAGUUACAGUUACCUGACCCGUCGAGUUAUAGUUACCCGACCCGUCCAGUUACAGUUACC